GGUAUACUGCAUUCUGCUUUACAUAAUCAAUAUUGGAGGUUAAUUGAUCCUCAAGGCAAACCAACAGGAGUGAUGGGAUGGUGGCCCUCACGUGCUGUCACAUUUUUGGAGAAUCAUGAUACUGGAUCCACACAGGGCCAUUGGCCAUUUCCACGGGAUAAGCUUACACAAGGAUAUGCAUACAUUUUAACUCACCCUGGAACGCCUGUAAUAUUUUACGAUCAUUUCUAUGAUUUUGGAAUUCGGGAUAUCAUAAACGAGUUAAUUGAGGCGCGGACGCGAGCUGGAAUCCAUUGUCGUAGCCCUUUAAAGAUAUAUCAUGCAAACAAUGAUGGUUAUGUUGCACAGAUUGGAGAUACCCUUGCGAUGAAACUUGGUCAUUUGGACUGGAAUCCUUCCAAGGAAGUUCAUUUGGAUGGAACCUGGCAGAAAUUUGUUGAUAAAGGACCAGAAUAUCAAAUAUGGCUCAGGCAAUAAUACUACAGAAUUCGAGAAUUACAUGUUCUUAUUGGGAUUCUGCCCAUUUUAUGGCCUUGUAUUGUAAUUAUAAUAUCAUACAUCAUAUCAGAAUUCCAGCAUCAGGCGAUGCGAAUAAAAAGAGCUUGAUGAAAUAUUUGACACCCAACCAUCAACUAUUGAUAGAAUCUCCUUCCAGCUUUUUCCAUGUGAUAUCAGCUUCGAAAAACAAGGUACAGCAAGUGCUUGGUA